UUCCUUCGCUGCUUGUAUGAAGAGUUUCUGUGGUGUGUCCGUUGUACUGGAAGAGUAUAGUAGAAGAGCCGGGCUUUGAGAAGAUAGAUUCGACGCUCGGGGCCUCUUGCCGGAGUACUUGAGCAGGCGCAGCCAUGGCGGAUGUGACUGCCCGGAGCCUGCAAUAUGAGUACAAGGCUAACUCCAACCUUGUCCUCCAAGCUGACCGCUCUCUUAUUGACCGAACACGUCGUGAUGAGCCAACAGGGGAGGUACUUUCACUGGUGGGGAAACUGGAGGGUACUCGAAUGGGUGAUAAAGCACAAAGGACCAAACCCCAGAUGCAAGAGGAAAGAAGAGCCAAACGAAGAAAGCGUGAUGAGGACAGGCAUGACAUCAAUAAGAUGAAAGGCUAUACGCUGCUGUCAGAAGGCAUUGAUGAGAUGGUGGGUAUCAUCUAUAAACCCAAAACCAAGGAGACCCGUGAAACCUAUGAGGUGCUACUCAGCUUUAUCCAAGCAGCACUGGGGGAUCAGCCACGGGAUAUCCUUUGUGGUGCAGCAGAUGAGGUCUUAGCUGUCUUGAAAAAUGAGAAACUCCGUGACAAGGAAAGAAGAAAAGAGAUUGACCUACUGCUGGGCCAGACAGAUGAUACCCGAUACCAUGUGUUGGUGAAUUUGGGCAAAAAGAUAACAGAUUAUGGUGGAGACAAGGAAAUCCAGAAUAUGGAUGAUAACAUUGAUGAGACAUAUGGUGUAAAUGUGCAGUUUGAGUCAGAUGAAGAGGAAGGUGAUGAGGAUGUGUAUGGGGAGGUGCGAGAAGAAGCAUCUGAUGAUGAUAUGGAAGGGGAUGAGGCCGUUGUGCGUUGCACCCUCUCAGCCAAUCUUGUAGCCUCAGGUGAGCUGAUGAGCUCCAAGAAAAAGGAUUUGCAUCCCCGGGACAUUGAUGCCUUUUGGCUACAGCGACAACUUAGCCGAUUCUAUGAUGAUGCCAUUGUAUCUCAGAAGAAGGCAGAUGAAGUACUGGAGAUCUUGAAGACAGCCAGUGAUGAUCGGGAGUGUGAGAAUCAGCUAGUUCUGCUCCUGGGUUUCAACACAUUCGAUUUUAUUAAAGUGCUGAGACAACAUAGGAUGAUGAUCUUAUAUUGUACUUUGCUGGCUAGUGCACAGAGUGAAGCUGAAAAGGAAAGAAUCAUGGGAAAGAUGGAGUCUGAUCCAGAGCUCUCGAAGUUCCUCUACCAACUCCAUGAAACUGAGAAGGAAGAUCUGAUCCGGGAGGAGCGGUCCAGGAGGGAACGUGUACGUCAGUCUCGAAUGGACACAGAUCUGGAAACCAUGGAUCUAGAUCAGAGUGGGGAGGCACUGGCCCCAAGGCAGGUUCUAGACUUGGAGGAUCUGGUCUUCACCCAAGGAAGCCAUUUCAUGGCUAAUAAACGCUGUCAGCUUCCUGAUGGAUCCUUCCGCCGCCAGCGCAAGGGCUAUGAAGAGGUACAUGUACCUGCUCUGAAGCCCAAACCCUUUGGCCCUGAAGAGCAAUUGCUGCCAGUGGAGAAGCUACAAAAAUAUGCCCAGGCUGGAUUUGAGGGAUUUAAAACACUUAAUCGGAUACAGAGCAAACUCUACCGUGCUGCAUUGGACACUGAUGAGAAUCUGUUGCUGUGUGCUCCCACGGGUGCUGGCAAAACUAAUGUGGCAUUGAUGUGUAUGCUCCGGGAGAUUGGGAAGCACAUUAACGUGGAUGGUACCAUCAAUGUAGAUAACUUCAAGAUCAUCUACAUUGCUCCCAUGCGUUCUCUGGUACAGGAGAUGGUGGGCAGCUUUGGAAAGCGCCUUGCAACAUACGGUAUUAAUGUGGCUGAGCUGACAGGUGAUCAUCAACUGUGCAAGGAAGAAAUCAAUGCCACUCAAAUCAUUGUCUGCACCCCUGAAAAGUGGGACAUCAUUACCCGAAAGGGUGGGGAACGUACCUAUACCCAGCUAGUACGCCUCAUCAUCUUGGAUGAAAUUCAUCUUCUCCAUGAUGACAGAGGUCCUGUCCUGGAAGCUUUGGUAGCCAGAGCUAUCCGAAACAUUGAGAUGACCCAAGAACGUGUUCGGCUCAUCGGGCUCAGUGCUACCCUCCCAAACUAUGAGGAUGUUGCUACAUUCCUUCGUGUAGACCCUGCCAAGGGCCUUUUUUACUUUGACAACAGCUUCCGUCCAGUGCCUCUUGAACAGACAUAUGUGGGGAUCACAGAGAAGAAGGCAAUCAAACGUUUCCAGAUCAUGAAUGAAAUAGUUUAUGAGAAGAUCAUGGAGCAUGCUGGGAAAAACCAGGUGCUAGUAUUUGUCCACUCUAGAAAGGAGACAGGAAAGACAGCCAGGGCCAUUCGGGAUAUGUGUCUAGAGAAGGAUACACUUGGCUUGUUCCUUCGAGAGGGCUCUGCCUCCACUGAGGUUCUUCGGACAGAAGCUGAGCAGUGCAAGAAUUUGGAAUUGAAGGACCUCUUACCUUAUGGCUUUGCCAUUCAUCAUGCUGGUAUGACCAGAGUUGACCGAACACUUGUGGAAGAUCUUUUUGCUGACAAACACAUUCAGGUUCUCGUCUCUACGGCAACUUUGGCUUGGGGUGUAAACCUCCCUGCGCAUACAGUCAUCAUUAAAGGCACACAGGUGUAUAGCCCAGAAAAGGGGCGAUGGACGGAAUUGGGAGCAUUGGACAUUCUGCAGAUGCUGGGUCGUGCUGGGCGACCACAGUAUGAUACAAAAGGGGAAGGCAUCCUCAUUACAUCUCAUGGGGAGCUGCAGUACUAUUUGUCCCUACUCAAUCAGCAGCUACCUAUUGAGAGCCAGAUGGUAUCAAAGCUGCCUGACAUGCUCAAUGCUGAGAUCGUCUUGGGGAAUGUCCAGAAUGCAAAGGAUGCAGUAAAUUGGCUGGGUUAUGCCUACUUAUAUAUUCGAAUGCUUCGUUCCCCAACCCUCUAUGGCAUUUCACAUGAUGACCUUAAGGGGGAUCCCCUGCUGGAUCAGCGCCGGCUAGAUUUGGUGCACACUGCAGCUCUCAUGUUGGACAAGAACAAUUUGGUCAAAUAUGAUAAGAAGACUGGCAACUUCCAAGUGACAGAGCUUGGCCGUAUUGCCAGUCACUAUUAUAUAACCAAUGAUACGGUGCAGACCUAUAACCAGCUGUUGAAACCAACUCUGAGUGAAAUUGAGCUCUUUAGAGUGUUCUCACUCUCUUCAGAAUUCAAAAACAUCACAGUGAGAGAGGAAGAGAAGCUAGAGCUUCAGAAAUUACUAGAGAGGGUUCCUAUUCCUGUGAAGGAGAGCAUUGAGGAACCCAGUGCAAAGAUCAAUGUGCUUCUCCAGGCCUUUAUUUCACAGCUAAAGCUUGAGGGUUUUGCACUGAUGGCAGACAUGGUAUAUGUUACACAGUCGGCUGGUCGGUUAAUGCGUGCCAUCUUUGAAAUCGUCUUAAAUCGAGGUUGGGCACAGCUGACUGACAAGACUCUGAAUCUGUGCAAGAUGAUUGACAAACGCAUGUGGCAGUCCAUGUGUCCCCUGCGCCAGUUCCGGAAGCUCCCUGAGGAGGUGGUAAAGAAGAUUGAGAAGAAAAACUUCCCCUUCGAGCGGCUGUAUGACCUGAAUCACAAUGAGAUAGGUGAGCUUAUCCGCAUGCCCAAGAUGGGGAAGACCAUUCACAAAUAUGUCCACCUGUUCCCCAAAUUGGAACUCUCCGUGCAUUUGCAGCCCAUUACUCGUUCUACCCUGAAAGUAGAGCUGACUAUAACCCCUGAUUUCCAGUGGGAUGAAAAGGUUCAUGGUUCAUCUGAGGCAUUCUGGAUUCUGGUAGAAGAUGUCGACAGUGAAGUGAUCCUGCACCAUGAGUAUUUCCUGCUCAAGGCCAAGUAUGCACAGGAUGAGCAUCUCAUUACGUUCUUUGUUCCUGUGUUUGAGCCACUUCCUCCACAGUACUUUAUUCGUGUGGUGUCAGACCGCUGGCUAUCUUGUGAGACCCAGUUGCCUGUCUCCUUCCGUCACUUAAUCUUACCUGAGAAGUACCCACCUCCCACAGAACUUUUAGACUUACAGCCAUUGCCCGUGUCUGCCCUGAGGAACAGUGCCUUUGAGAGUCUCUACCAGGACAAAUUCCCGUUCUUCAAUCCCAUCCAGACUCAAGUGUUUAAUACGGUGUACAAUAGUGAUGACAACGUAUUUGUGGGGGCCCCCACGGGCAGCGGGAAGACCAUCUGUGCUGAAUUUGCCAUUUUAAGGAUGCUCUUGCAGAACUCUGAAGGUCGCUGUGUCUAUAUCACUCCCAUGGAGGCUCUAGCAGAACAGGUGUACAUGGAUUGGUAUGAGAAGUUCCAGGAGCGGCUCAACAAGAAGGUAGUACUACUGACAGGAGAGACCAGCACAGACCUGAAGCUUUUGGGCAAAGGCAAUAUCAUUAUCAGCACUCCUGAGAAGUGGGACAUCCUCUCCCGCCGCUGGAAGCAGCGCAAGAAUGUCCAGAAUGUCAACCUCUUUGUGGUGGAUGAGGUCCACCUCAUUGGGGGUGAGAAUGGGCCUGUACUUGAAGUGAUCUGCUCUCGUAUGCGCUAUAUCUCCUCCCAGAUAGAGCGACCCAUUCGCAUUGUGGCACUUAGUUCCUCCCUUUCUAAUGCUAAGGAUGUUGCCCAUUGGUUAGGCUGUAGUGCCACUUCCACCUUUAAUUUUCACCCCAAUGUACGUCCUGUCCCCUUGGAACUGCAUAUUCAGGGCUUCAACAUUAGCCACACACAGACUCGCCUACUAUCUAUGGCUAAGCCAGUAUAUCACGCCAUUACAAAGCAUUCGCCCAAGAAGCCUGUCAUUGUUUUUGUCCCAUCACGCAAGCAGACUCGCCUGACUGCCAUUGACAUCCUCACCACCUGUGCAGCAGACAUUCAGCGACAGAGAUUUUUGCAUUGCACAGAGAAGGAUCUAAUCCCAUACCUGGAGAAGCUGAGUGACAGCACCCUCAAGGAGACACUACUGAAUGGCGUGGGCUACCUGCAUGAGGGGCUUAGCCCUGCAGAGCGGCGCCUGGUGGAGCAGCUCUUCAGUUCAGGUGCCAUCCAGGUGGUUGUGGCCUCCCGAAGCCUGUGCUGGGGUAUGAAUGUGGCUGCCCAUCUGGUGAUCAUCAUGGACACGCAGUACUAUAAUGGCAAGAUCCAUGCUUAUGUGGAUUAUCCCAUCUAUGAUGUGCUACAAAUGGUGGGUCAUGCCAAUCGACCUCUACAGGAUGAUGAAGGACGAUGUGUCAUCAUGUGUCAGGGCUCCAAAAAAGACUUCUUUAAGAAAUUUCUCUAUGAGCCACUGCCAGUGGAGUCUCAUCUGGACCACUGCAUGCAUGACCACUUCAAUGCUGAGAUCGUCACCAAGACCAUUGAGAACAAGCAAGAUGCAGUAGAUUACCUGACCUGGACAUUCCUGUACCGGCGCAUGACCCAGAACCCCAACUACUACAAUCUGCAGGGUAUCUCCCAUCGUCACUUGUCGGAUCACUUGUCGGAACUGGUAGAGCAGACAUUAAGUGACCUGGAGCAGUCCAAAUGUAUCAGUAUUGAGGAUGAGAUGGAUGUGGCACCUCUGAACUUGGGCAUGAUUGCUGCUUACUACUACAUCAACUAUACCACCAUUGAGCUUUUCAGUAUGUCUCUGAAUGCUAAGACCAAGGUGCGUGGGCUCAUCGAGAUCAUUUCCAAUGCAGCAGAGUAUGAGAACAUCCCCAUCCGACAUCAUGAAGACAACCUGCUACGGCAGUUGGCUCAGAAAGUGCCUCACAAGCUGAACAACCCCAAGUUCAAUGAUCCCCAUGUUAAGACCAACCUGUUGCUUCAGGCCCAUUUGUCCCGUAUGCAGCUAAGUGCUGAACUGCAAUCUGACACUGAGGAGAUCCUUAGUAAGGCAAUCCGGCUCAUCCAAGCCUGUGUUGAUGUCCUCUCUAGCAAUGGUUGGCUGAGCCCUGCUCUGGCAGCCAUGGAACUGGCUCAGAUGGUUACCCAAGCCAUGUGGUCCAAAGACUCCUACCUGAAGCAGCUGCCACACUUCACCUCUGACCACAUCAAACGAUGCACAGACAAGGGAGUGGAGAGUGUCUUUGACAUUAUGGAGAUGGAAGAUGAAGAACGCAACACGCUGCUUCAGCUAUCAGAUAAUCAGAUUGCUGAUGUAGCCCGCUUUUGUAAUCGCUAUCCCAAUAUUGAAUUGUCUUAUGAGGUGGUGGAAAAAGAGAGCAUCCGCAGUGGUGGGCCAGUUGUUGUGCUGGUGCAGCUGGAGCGAGAAGAGGAAGUCACAGGCCCUGUCAUUGCUCCUCUUUUCCCACAGAAACGUGAGGAGGGCUGGUGGGUGGUGAUUGGAGACUCCAAAUCCAAUAGCCUCAUCUCCAUCAAAAGGUUGACACUGCAACAGAAGGCCAAGGUGAAGCUUGAUUUUGUGGCUCCAGCGACUGGCGCCCAUAAUUACACACUCUACUUUAUGAGUGAUGCCUACAUGGGUUGUGACCAGGAAUACAAAUUCAGUGUGGAUGUGAAGGAAGCAGAAAGUGAUAGUGAUUCUGACUGAGUCCCAGGGCACUCAUUUACUCUCAGAAAAAUGCUAAACUGGGAUUUGAAAUGUGCAGUUGUCUGAAACCGUGGAUUUUCAGAGAUCCAAAAUAUGUGAGAGAGUCAUGCUAGUGUUGGUUUAGCUGUCAACAUUUUCACCCUUUAUUUUGUUUAACCGUAGGUCCCCUUCGUAAUUUGAAUGUCUGCUGGUUUUUGUUGGCUAUGCUGAAGAAUGGAACUUGUACAGUAUUUUUUAAUGUGGUUCUUUGUAGGUGUUUUUUGAGUUUUGAAUAUUCAAGUAAAAUUAUUUGAAGACUCCCUUGA